CUUGAUGCGAAGUUGGAGGACCAGGGUGUGUGUGUGAGGGGGAGGGAGUCCCUCCCUGAACUUGGCCCUGUUUGACAGGCGGGCGGCGGCCCCUCACGUCAGUCAAGCUUUAUCAAUAACCGCCUGUUGAUGGCCGCGGUCUCAACGGACUUGAGCCCGAGUGGCGAUGGCGCUGUGCAGCAGAUUCUGUGGCUGUGACGACAACACAGGCUAGAGGACUGUGAGGGACUGUGAGGGACAGUGAGUGACCACCAUGUGGCCGCGAGGGUUCGUCUGUGUGCUGGUCACUGUUGUGGGACUGCCGUGGGUGCAUGAUGUUGCUUGUCAUGAAGUGCAGUGUUUACCAAGGUCAAGUCGACCUCCUAACACAGGAUUGUCCUGCCCCGAGGGCUUCUGGGGACAGACGUGUAACCUCCCCUGCAACUGCCAAGGAGGGUGUGACGUCGACACGGGGGCAUGUGGCGGCGCGUGCCUGCAGGGCUGGAGUGACGGACGGGGCACUACGUGCAGCAAGUGGAACCUGGCGUUGAACAGCAGGAGCACUGUGACGUCAGAUCCCCCAGGAACGUCAUUUCCUGCCGACCUGGUGGUUGACGGUGACAGACAUCAUUGCAUCAACACUUCUACUGGCCUGAAAUAUGUGGACUGGACUGUGGACCUGACAGCUGUCCAUCCAAUCAACAGUAUUCUUAUCGUGCUUCCAGAAAUAGAUCAGCAGCACGCGCUCAACGUGUGGGUGCUGCUACACAACGGCACGUGGCACUCGUGUGGACGCCAUCUCUCAGUGUCCAGAGAGGUCAUCGUGCCAUGUCCGGUGGCUGCUAGUCAAGUUCGCAUCGCCACCGAUCGCCACGUGGACUCCGCCGCCAACAUGUCGUCUGACGUCCGCCUUGACCUGUGCGAGGUGGAGGUGUACGCGUGCGCGCCGGGAGUGUACGGGCCAAACUGCAGCCAGGUGUGCUCAGGUAACUGUCACGACCGGCAGACGUGCGACCACGUGACCGGAGCCUGCGCGGGGGGUUGCGCAGCUGGCUGGAAGCAUCCUGCCUCUGGCUGCGUCACCGCGUGUACCCCGGGUACGUACGGCACAGGGUGUGGCCAGACAUGUGGUCACUGUAAGGAUGGCGAGCCCUGUGAUGGCGCCACUGGCGAGUGUGUCAAGGGUUGUGAAGACGGUUACACCGGGAUCUCGUGUCAAGAGGCACAGGUGGGCAAUCAAGAAGAGGAUGAGUCGGGGAUCUCCACCUCGGGUGUGGUAGGAGCUGUUGCUGGUGGCAGCGCCGCCUUCUUAUGCUGCGUGUGCAUCAUCGCACACAUACGCAGGCACGUGAAGAAGGAGCGCGCCAAGCGGCAGGACGAGGAGAUGAGCGCCGCUCACCAGGAGACUGCUGCCAUGGCUGGAACCUCUCCCCCCACCAACAUCAACAAGAAUGGCCUGCGCCGAAAGUCCUCCCUCUUCAGGGACCGCAAAAUCUCCAUCUUCGGAGAGAGGAAGACGAGUGUCUUUGGAGGAGAAAGAAGAAAGUCUAUUUUCGCUGCUGUCUUCGGCUUUGCUAAGGAUGAAGACUUGUCAAGUGUGCCAGUGUACACCAACAACAGACAGUUGGCGGACAGCCUGUACGACAAGCCCACAGACGGCGUGCAGGUCGACAGUUUCCGGCAGUUUGUGUACGGCAAGCGCCGUGGUGCCUCCAGCCUGGAAAAUGAGUUUAAGGCGUUGCCGUCGGGGUUCACUGCGCCUUAUGAGGAGGCAGAAAAAGUGGAGAACAAAGACAAAAACCACUUCAGUGGUUACUAUCCAUAUGACUUUAAUCGUGUCAUACUACGGCAAACGGGUCUUGGAGACUACAUCAAUGCUAGCAUCAUCAAAGAUUACAAGGGGAGGGACAACUACAUCGCGGCCCAAGGACCAGACAAGCGGACGGUGCUGAGCUUCUGGCACAUGAUAUGGCAGGAGAACGUGCACGAGAUUGUCAUGCUGACCAAGUUCGCAGAGAACAAACGGGUGAAAUGUGAUCGCUACUGGUCGGAAAACGCUUGUGUGACGUACGGGGACAUCACAGUCAAGGACACCAUGCAGAUGGUCCGAGCAACUUACACAAUCAGAGUCCUCAAGGUGAUGCAUAAAAAGACGUCAGAAGCACGUGACAUACGUCAUUUUCACUACACGGAGUGGCCAGAGCAGGCCACGCCUCUUGUUCAUGACCUUCUGGAGUUCAUCUGGCGGGUCAAGGCCUCGCGGACAGAUGCCAAGGGCCCACUACUCGUUCACUGCAGUGAAGGCGUAGGUCGCACUGGAACCUACAUCGCCAUAGACUCGCUGCUGCAAGAAGCCGAGGACACGGGCUACGUGGAUGUCAAGACCUAUGUGGAGAGACUGAGACACCAGCGCAAGAACAUGGUGCUGACAAAGGAGCAGUACGCCUUCGUCCACGCAGCGCUUAUCGACGGCAUCAUCCUGGGCGACACGCGCCUCAGCGCUGCCGACUUCUGCGAAGGUUUUGUACGCGAUGGCGACCAGCUGCGCGUGGGCUACAGAAAGAUUUGCGAGCAGUUCCACGAGCUGUCCUACCUGAAGUCCGCACUGGCAUUCAGACGAGAUUCAGGCAUUGAGAACGUCACAGACCUGCGGAACGUGUCCUGUGAUGGCAUCUUCAUGCAGUUCGUGCCGAGCACGCUGUCGGCGAACAUGCUGCGCUUGGUUGACGUUGACUCGGACACCGAUGUGCAGAAGUUCAUGCUGCUGCUUCGCAACAUCAACGCCCUCACUGUCGUCUGCCUGCACGAGCAGGACCUGCAGAUCGUCAGGCGCUGCUUAGAGUGGAGUAAAAACAAAAUUGGGGAGCGGCAGGACAAGCAGAGAGCGCGUGAACAAAAGAAGAAAGUAGGUUACGACAGUGAGAGUGAAGAUGAGGAUGACUAUUAUCUGAUGGAGGAGUUGUCUACCGGACACCUGAUGGAGGAGUUGUCUACCGGACACCUGAUGGAGGAGUUAUCUGCCGGUCCUCUCACACCCGUCGUAACGGCCAACGAGUACCGUGUGUUUGUUGACGAAUACGAGGAGAUGAGCUUCCUGUUUCUGUCACUCAGUGGCUGGCAACAAGAUGAGAAGAUCUUCUCGCCGGCCUUGGUCCCGUCAGUUAUCGCCAUGGCGGACAGCAUCUUCGCGCGCCAAGAGGAGCUGGGCUUUCAUCCCGUGGUGCUGCUGUGCGGGGAGGUGCAGGAGUCAGCGGGGCUGUUCUGCGUCCUGUGUAACAUCGUGCACGGCAUUCAGCUGGAGGAGGAGGUUGAGGUCUACAGCAACGUGUGCCGCGUGCGCCGCCUGCUGCCCGAGAUCGUCACAUCCAUGGAGGAGUUCCUGUUUUGCCACCAGUUCGCCGCCAAGUACGUGGAGGCUCAGAAAGUGCAGUUUGCCUUCUAGGCGUGGAUUCUCCACAUCACACUGCGAUGCAUACGUCACCGCCAAGUGCCUACAGUUUUGAACUUCGCUACAAGUCCUGUUGCCUGUCAGAGCUGGUACAUAAGGUUGUUUGUUCACUGACCUAGGGUGGGCACUAGCCACUCUACCACACUGACGCAUCAGGAGCAGUGCUGGGCUGGUUCCCAGGGUGCACCGCGUACUUUCAGCCAGAGGAAAGUAUGCAACAUGCAAUGGCCGGGAGUGUGCCACCUGUGUUGGAGAGUUCGUACACGGCGGAACUUCGAGAACAUUCGUGUCAAGCAUUGGUAUCUCACGUUGCUACACUUUUUAUAAGGUGUUGAGAUCCUGCUGCACUGUGUGAAGUUCUAACUCAAAGUUUGCGUUGAGCGACAACCAAGUCUGUACAUAUCACUUCAAGACACUAGUACAAUCUGCAAAAAAUGUUGUAUUCCAGUCGCUUGCUAACUAUGCAUUUAUUUUUGCUUGACAAAACUCCUAUGUCUGGAAGUCACAUGGUGUCUUGACCGAAUGCAGGCACCUGGUCAUCUCACAAGAUGCUGGCAGCCAGCCUUAACCAAAGCUACAGUACAUUUGACAUGUGUAAAGUGUACAAGUAUACAAAGCUGCAGGAUAGUGUACACAUAAUACUUGUCCUUCAUCUCCAGACUUGGACAGCCCACAUUUUCCUGUUUCUGGGACCAGACAUGCCUGACGCGAACAGGUGUUAUAUUCUGCAUGGACAGUGAUUUACAUGGACAUGUAGCUCAGUGAUUUAACAUGUUUUGAAGUAGAUCAGCAGUACAGUUCAAUGUGAUACAGACGUUAGUUUUAAUUUAGGACAUAUGGAAAAAUAAAUCUAUGCAUGUGCUGGAGAA